CGCGUGUCUCUCCUUUAGAGGGAAAAUGAAAUCCCCAAAAAUUUUAGAAAUCCCCAAAAAUGUUAGACCCCGCUGUUUUCUUCUACAUUCGUUUCGAUCUCUUCUCUAAUAUCUUCUCUCCUUCGUCUCCGCCCCUCACCCACCUCCACUACCUCCAACCCACACCGACUCUUCAGGCCCGCACGACGAUGAUGUACCGGCCAUAUCGACCAACACUUCAUCCAUCAUCACCAUUUACAGCUCUCUGUCCCCACUCAGAUCCCACACACCGCUGCCCCUAACCUUCUCCUUCAAAAUGAAAGCAACACUCGAUGAUUCUUCCUCUACCGAUGGUCCCACCUCCAAAUCACCCGAGACUGAAAUUUUCGUGGACCGACUCUCGCAGGUAGGUCUGCGUUAUCGGAGUGGCACAGAGAAGAAAGUCGACGCACGGAAGAACAAGAAGUCUGGGAAGAAAUCCGGUGGGAGUUCAGUAUCUAGGGAAAACAUGUACCUCCCACCGAUGCCUUUGAAGGAGCCGAUUUCAGGUUGAGUGAAAGUGGAUUUCGGGUUCAACUCUUAUUCGGAGAGGAUGAAUAGGUGGGUGGGGCCCUGAAAACACCAUACGUCGUCGAUCAUUUUUAUUCAGUGCUCAAGAACUUUGACAUUCGAUCUCAUGAAAUUCCGGAAGUGGUGUGCUUUCUUUAGUUGUGUUAUUCCUGUUUGAAAUUCCUUGGAGAAUCUCCAGCAACUCGAUCUUGUUCGCAAACCCUACCACCAAGUUUGAAUUCGGCCCCAAAUGCAAAGGAGAUGAUAGUCGGCACUCGGCAGAAUGGAACGUCAUCGACAAUUCAACGAGCACUGAUGGUCGAUUAAUCUUUCGAUUAUCGAUUGUUUUCAUCCCCUCUCGAGUCCUACUAAUCAGUGUUCAUCAAGGUGGGGUAUACUGUUAUGCGAGUGGUGGUGGACGUAUCAAUGCUUGUUUGGAGUUCAAGGAAUGGUUAAAGAUUUUCACCUUGCAGGAAUCGAGGUAAUCAUGGAUGUUGUUUACAACCGUACAAAUGAAGUUGAUGAUAAAUACCCUUACACCACAUCAUUCUUUGGUAUAACAAGGUAUAUUACAUGCUGGAUGGGAGUAACUAUUGAACUUCUCAGGUUGUGGUGCUUAACAUACAACAACUAUACAGAAUCAGCACCAUGUAUUGGGAUGACAAAUACGGGACCCACGGUGUUUCAUCAGAAAUGCGUUUAAAGGAAAAACCAAUCAUGCUUCAAAGCAGUGUUGAGCAUUCUGGAGGUCAACGUGUGUGCCUUGACCUACAGAAACUGGACUGGUUUUCCCUUUUCCCAGGCCAUUUGCUUAUACUGUUAGGGCCUUUCAUUGAGUCGGAGCACCCCGAGAUCAAGAAAGAAGCUUUAAACAGGACUUAUGAUGAUUUAUUCCAUCUGCUGAGUCAACGCAGGGAUCUUUUAUCCUCUGUACCCACUCCUGUGGGCUUGUCGCUUGCUCUAGAAGCCCCUUCAAAAUCGUCGAUGGUCCCGCUAGCUCUGCUGCCAGAAAUCCAGAUGAAAUUGCAAAACUUUUCCCAUCCCUGUUUGGGCAACCAUCAGCAAUAUUGGUGCCAGGAGGACAAGCACCAGGAGGACAUAAUAUUAUAUAUUACUUACAGGAAUAUUGUAAAGGUUCCAGACAUUCUCAUUGUUCCUUCAGACCUCACACACAAGUGAAGGAGGUGAUGAAGUGAACUGUAUGUGUGUGAAUCCGGGAAGACUGGCGAGAGGCGAAGGAGGUGGUCACUUUGUAGAACUUAACUUCCAUGGUACCUGUGACUCAUCUUCUGCUUCAGUUAUUCAUAUAUAGAAGCAACAUUCAGACAUGUGAACCCUAAUCUUCUUUAACAUCAAUCUGACAUGUGAACCCUACUUUUCUAUUAGAACUUCUUACAACUCUUCCAACAACCAUUAAUGAACAAGUUUCAUGGCUUGUUGGAGGAUUGGUUCUUACUGCAGG